GUGAUUGGUGUGCCUUGCAGGCGGGUGCUCAGACAUUCGCGGGUACCUGAACCGCUGCAGGCUCCGAAUCCAGCCCGGGCAAAUAACUGGUCUCGCUCAGCCUGCAGAACAGUGUCUGCGAGGUUCGAGCCCAUAGAGCUCAUGGUGCAUUGGGAUUGGUAGGGGAACGGCAGCUGUGUUCGCUCACUUAAACGCUGGACCUGAGGGGCUCCGAGGUUCCGUUCCUUUGUCUGCUGCGUUGUGCAACCCAUCCCGGUGGUGUGUGGGGCACCGGUCCGUUGCCGCCGAGAUGCCCGCCAUCCUCGACGAUCCCGCGGGACCCCCCAUUUUCCGUGUCUCGGGGGAUCCCCCGUACCCGGACCCCGCCCAUCCGGCCGUGCCGCCCAGCAUCGUGCCACGCCAUGUGACGCUCCGCGAUCGGCAAACGGUCGCUACCGUCGUGCCGUUUGCAUCCCGCCACGAAGUCCCCGAGUCACUGCUCCGCUAUCUGCAUGACCAAUUCAACAAGGAAAUCGAGGGCGGCGACACGUACCCGAUGCUGGAGCCUAUGCCGUUCGACAACUUCGCCUCGUACUGGUUCCAGAACUUCGGCGGCAUCAUGCUGCUUGGCCACAUCAACAGCGCCGCCGAGGUCGUCGAGGGCAAGGACUGGUCGAAGGACUGCCUGGGUACCUUCUACAUCAAGCCCAACUACCCCGGCCGCAGCAGCCACGUCUGCAAUGGUGGUUUCAUCGUCACCGACGCCUCGCGUAAUCGCGGCGUGGGCCGGCUGAUGGGCGAGGCGUACCUGGAUUGGGCGCCCAAGCUGGGGUACAAGUACUCAGUCUUCAACCUCGUCUACGAAACCAACGUCGCAUCGUGCAAGAUCUGGGAUGCGUUGGGCUUCAAGCGCAUCGGGCGCGUCAAGGGCGCCGGCAACCUCAAGAGCCAUCCCGACCGGCUGGUGGACGCCAUCAUCUACGGGCGCGACUUGGGCGACGCGGCAGGCGGCGCCGGCAGCGAGGAACUUCAGGCUGCGUAGCGCAGCGACCCACUACAAGCUCCUGGACGGCGACGUUUUGAUGCUCAAGGACAAGGAGGUCAUCUCGGACCCCCAGCGCCAGUACCAGAUCGCCCGGAGCGUGCACAACCUGGCGCACGGCGGCAUCAACAAGACCACGUCGACCAUCGCCGAGCGCUACCACUGGAGCCGCAUCAAGGAGACCGUCUCGGAUGUAAUUAGGAACUGCGCCGAAUGCAAAGAAACGGGCAAAGCCUCGUCCUCCCAAAGCCAGCAGCCGUCUCCGGGAGCCACCGGCACCGGCUUGAAGCGUCCCAACUUGAGCCCUGCUCCUGCCUCUGCUUCGAAGCGUGCCUCGCCGAGCCCCUCGGCGGCCGGCUCUGCUAUGGACCUGACGACCGCCGUACCGCGUAUGCCCGCAUCUUCGCUCGCAGACCCGUCUCACCUGUCUCCGUUUGCCGUCUCCUCCCACCACCCAUUUGCAGACCCCAACGCCAUCUCCAUCCUCCCUCCGCCAUCACAUCACGCACUGCA